AUGGUUAAACGCACUGAAUGUGAUAAAGUGGUAGAAUAUCGAUCAGAAUUAAAAGCUCAAGUCAACAAUGCAAUAUCGUCAGGAAAACUACACCGAUUAAUACCUCAAGACCGCAUCCAAUCGAUGGAGUUUCAAACGAAGAAAAAUGAAUUUCCAUCAUUACCACAGUGUAUGUCUGGUGCUGCACCGUGGAAACUGGCUUCAGCACAACAAGCAACAACAACUAAUAUGAAUGGAAGUGAAGCUGUAACAAAAAUUUUGGUAUCGAUGAACCAAAAUAUCUUAGAUAUGAAGGAGAAUACACAUCGUAUUGAUGAAAAAUUAGAUCGUAUUAACGAUAAGGUCAAUCAAUCUGCUUUGGAGACGGAACUUCAUCAAGAAACACUGGAGAAAUUAUUACCUAUAUGCGUAUCAAUCGUUUGUGACUUUAUUUGGCCCGUGAUGGCUCACAACAUUGCUGGACUAGGUGACCAGCAUUCACAAUUGCAAAAACUAUUAAGUAACGCGGAUCUGUUAUUGCGUGAUCUAAAAUCGGACUAUUAA